AUGGCAGUCACACAGUCGCUUGUAGUCGCCACUCUCUUAACUGUGGGAGGCUACUUGCUUUUUCAAGGCGAGGGUGAAUCCUUCAAUGUCGGCGAGUUUCUAGAAACUACGUCGCCCUACAUGUGGGCCAACUUGGGUAUUGCUAGCUGUAUCGGCUUCUCUGUUGUCGGCGCAGCUUGGGGUAUAUUCAUCACAGGCUCUUCUAUUCUCGGAGCAGGCGUUAAAGCUCCGAGAAUCACGACAAAGAAUUUGAUCUCCAUUAUUUUCUGUGAGGUUGUGGCCAUUUACGGCUUGAUCAUGGCAAUUGUGUUUUCGGCAAAGGUCUCGAGUGUGCCGGAGACUUCUUUAUACACCAAGGAAAACUUGUAUACGGGAUACGCCUUAUUCUGGGCUGGAAUCACUGUCGGCGUAUCCAAUUUAUUAUGUGGUAUAGCUGUGGGUAUUACGGGAUCUACUGCUGCUAUCAGUGAUGCCGCGGACUCUUCCUUAUUCGUCAAGAUUUUGGUCAUUGAGAUUUUCGGCUCUGUCUUGGGUCUUUUUGGUCUUAUUGUGGGAUUGAUGAUGGCUGGCAAGGCCCCUGAAUUCAAAUAG